UGGUACUCACAGUCAGUCGUCGUCGUCCAGCCAUACAGAACUGGUGGAGGAGAAGGAACAGUGAGUGCGCGCCAGAAUUCUCGUGCACAUCUGCCUGUCCUAUUAGAACAGAACAGUAGAGUGUCGUAACCGAGUUUGAAUCAAACCAAAGCGAGUUACGCCAGCCGGGAUUGAUUCGGUGGGUCAGAAACAAACUAAGCCAGACCGAAUUCGACCCCGUUGAAGGCUUAAAGGCAGACAGACAGAGGUCAAAGACAUCACUAGUUGGAAGGCCUUGAGGCCGCGAGGAGGGAAGGAAAAAAACGUAUAUGUAUACUCACACGGUCACGGUUUAGAGAUACAGAUUGUUAGACGUUAGAGAAGAGAGGGCACAUAGACAGACAGAUAGAUAGAUAGAAGGGGCGCUCAGUGUUUUCUGGAUCCGAACGUCUGGUCUGAGGCGUAGAUUGUUGUUUGAUCCGAAUAAUAGAUAUCACUCAGUGUGUAUCUACAGUCAAAGUGAGAAGAAGUGUACCGGGACGCAGUGUGUGAAGAAUAUUUCUGUUUGGUUCGAAGAAGAUCUGGUUCCAAAAUGAGUGAUGAAGAUGGUGAGGGACGGUUGACCACCGCAACGGCCACGUCCUCUACGGCGACAAUCGUGACACAAGCCUCCUCUUCAACUCCUGCCUCGAAUUCGACGGUGGAUUCCUCCGAGAGGGCACGUGCCUUCUCCAAGGUCCCCAUCUUCAUCGUGGAGGAUCACCAUGACGUGCUGACGUUCCUGUACCGGUGUAUCGGAUCGAGGCAUCUGCCCCUGCGCGGAAACACCAUCAUUCACUUCGAUUCCCAUCCGGAUAUGUGCAUUCCGAAGCAUAUGCCCGCCGGGUACGUGUUCAACAAGGAAGACCUGCUCGACAGUAUCAGUAUUGAGAACUGGAUGAUGCCAACGGUGUUCGCCGGGCAUGUGGAGCGGAUUGUGUGGAUUAAGCCGGAGUGGGCCAACCAGAUGCCCAAGGGCAAAUUCCAGUUCAACGUCGGAGAGCACGAGGGCAGCAUUCGCACAGAUUCAACACUAGAAUACUUCGUCUCGGAAGGGUGCUACCAACCCGAAGAUGAGAUGGAAAACAAAAAGUCCCUGCAACUGCAAGUCUGCGCCAUCGAAGAGUACAAAGUCGCGGACGACGACGGCCUCAAAAGUGGCUACAUCCUGGACAUCGAUCUGGACUACUUCAGCACACACAAUCCGUUCUUGAAGAUCUACGAAAAGGUCGGCCUGUACGAUAAGCUGAAGGAAAUUUUCAUCUCACCCGAACUGGCGGACACCACAGAGAACGACUUGGAGAGGUUACAACAGAUCGCCAAGAACCGAGAAGAAAAGUUAGAGUUUCUCGAAUCGAUGUUCCUCUACCUGGAAGAGGUGGGGAACUUGAAACACUUCCUGGUGGAUUACCAGCAGGAAAUCAGCGAAGAGUACACACAUCUGUUGGAAAAGGUCUCCAACCUGGUGACGGUCCUGAAGAAAGAGUACGCCGAAGAGGAAAUCGACUGGUCGAUGAUCUACGACGCGGGUUGCACGUGUGAUGUGACGGAUCUGCCCCAUCACGAGUCGACCCGAGAGGAAAUCCAAACCAUGGUACAGCAACUCGAGAGCUUCCUUGUGCGACUUCCAGCACCGCCAACCGUGAUCACCAUGUCCCGAUCGAGCGAGGACGACUACACGCCCGCCGAUCAGGUGGAACAGAUCCAGGAGCUGGUUCUGGGGGCACUUCAAAAGUGCCUCCGAACCGAACUGGACAACCCCAUACUGUACUAUAAGGACCAGGAGUUUAAGCUUUAGGAUGGCCCCAGGGGCAAAUUACCGUGUUUCCUUCCCCAUGUCUACAACUUCACACGUUUAUAUAGAAACAAUCGUACCCCUACUUUUGUAGGCCGAAAAGGAUAACCUGUUUUCAAACAAAACUUCCCAGUGUACCAUUUUACUAUUUAAAACUAAAUACUAUACGCUGUAACCAGUUGAAACGCAAGUUAGAAAACAAAAACUAACGUUUAACUUUUUAAGUCAGUUAAGAAUAAUAAUUACCAACAAAUAAAAACACCAAACCAACGAUGUCGAAAAAAUGA